CGACGACAGAAAAAAGUCAACCGAGUUGACAUUUUAUAGUUCUAGUCAAGCGAGUACUAUGGCUCGACGCGAUACGUGGCCGAUGGUGCAAUUGUGUCUGGUGUUUCUACACGAGCAUGCCACGAGUACCGUGCGGUCCACCAACGGAAGGCUGGCUGCGGAUUUGGUGGCGGCACUAAAGCAAGGCAAGGUUUUAGUCAGUCAAGACAAGGCUCUUGAUCCGGCUGUCGUGUGGACUGCCGUGGACUUGCUCUUACUGGAUCCGUGCUGCAAUUUGUACCUGUUUCCACCCCAUCUCUACGCCAACCUCGUCCGACUGGUGCCGUCGGAGGAUCCCACCGUGCCAGACGUGGACCAGCUGAAAGAGCUGCUCCAUUCCCCACCCGAACACUCCAAGCACCGGUUUUUCUUCGUCGUGCGCGUCCUCCACACCAUUUGGACACGGACGCAGUCGGCUUGGACCGACUGCGUCGAUCGAUUCACCCCGCUUUUGUUUCGAGAUGGAGUCAGCGCCGUGCGCUCCAUCAACCACAUGGCGGGCAUGGCCGCGGCCAAGAAAUGCCUCUCCGUUGUGCUGCAGCAUCUGGACUUUAUGAGUCGAGACGAUACCAAGAUGAUGGUAGACGAUUUGAUUCAGUACACUGUGCACGCAGUGCUGUUUGAAUAUCCCCCCCUCAAGCCCCCCCCACCACUAACAACUCGACCAGAAACCAUCGAGCCUACUUUGGUCGUCCAAGAGGGGCUACCAGAAACAACCCCCCUCGUGACGGAACUUCCUCACGACUUCCUUAUCCAAAAGCCACAAGAAUCACAAGGCCAAAGUGUAUUGAAACUGCAGGCGAUGGUGCGGGGAUGGCUAUCUCGUCGGUGGUCGGGCCUUGCAUUGUUGUACAGGGGAAACUUGUCGUCGUCAGUUGUACCUAGUUGCUCAAUCCCAACUAACAAGUCGCCGUACUGCCGACGGCAAUACUUGGCCCUGACCAAACGCGUGUUGUACUGGUCUGUGGACAAACUUGAGCUUGAAAAAGCUCGCGUCAAGGGCCAACUGAAGGCAUUUAACGACACUUUUGAGCUCAAUCGCGGGAGUCGGCCGCUGGUCACAGACAAAGCGGCGGUGCGACCGCUGUACGAACUGUACCAUUUCCUGGGGCUGAUUAUGGAUUACCAGCGCACAGAGCCGUCAGUAGACCCGUCGGACGAUGAAGCGAUGCGGGUAGAGCUGUGGUCACGAGAGCGAAAGCAAGCCAAAAAGGAGCGGCUGCAAAUGCGCCUCUUGUUGUUUGAACGGCAUUUUGAGUUGUGUUGUGGCGAACAUGUCCAGAACGAAGACGACUAUGGCCAUGUGCUAUCGACGUACACCGCGUACAAGAAACUGACGGCUCUCGUUGCUCCUCCAAACCAACAACAACCUCACGAGUAAAAUAAUAUAUUACUACUAACGCGACGGAUGAUGUGAAGUAUUU